AUGAUCGAAAUAGGCAGCCCCACCGGCCACAAAACUUCUGGGAAGAGGGGGAGCCGAGAGAAACCAUGCCUGCUCUUGCGGAAUGUGAGUGCGCCGAGAAGCUGCGCGCUGGGCGGCGUCUGCACGCCGGGCCGGAGCGUCUCGCUCCAGCUUGGCCGCGCUGCCUCAGGCGCCGACGGGCGCGAACGCGGCUCUCUCAACUUCUCUUCUCUCUCUUUCCCGUCAGGCUGCCUUUGGGUUGCCGCUGCCCUCCCGUUGCUUCUCGGAGCCCGCGCGUCGCCUAUUCUGGACUCCUCCGGGGAAGAGCAAUUGAGCGAGGAUCCCUCUCCCAGGACUUGGCCGGUCAGGGACUUCCAGCUGGCCAACUGCAAGCUUCUGGCCAUCGCGCUGCGGAGAAAGGCUGUCAGUUGGAAGACAGAGCUAUGCAAGGAGCAAACACUUUGUAAAAACAACACAGAAAUAAUACCCCAGAAUAAUCUCCGCUUUCCAAAGAUCACUACGGAAGAUGAAUGUCCUCCACAUGGAUCUAACAAGGAGAGGUGCCUAAGAGGACUUUCAAGUGGCCUUUAUGCGUACCAGGCUUUCUUGGAAUAUAUAGAAAACACUUUUAUUAGCAAAGAACAAGAAACUGCAUUUAUAUGGCAGAGCACAAAGCAUCUGGCUAACACCUUGAAGUCAAUGAUGAAUGCUCCAGAUACUGUAACCAUGCCUGAUCCAAUCACUAAGGAAGCCCUUUCUACACAACUAGGAAUGCAGACUGGCUGGAACAGGAAGGUUGUCCACUACCUCAUACUUCAAGAUUAUAUUUCAUUUAUGGAGAAAACUGUUAGGGCCAUUCGCGUCCUGUGAGGAGGGGCUAGGGAUCUGAACGCUUUGACUCGGGUGCAUAAAUUUCCACAUAAUCUGCAGUGAAGCAGAUUCCACUGUUGUU